CUAAUUUCAGUUCUAACUUCUUCCAUUGGCUCUACCAUCUUUCGUUUGAGGAAGAAAUGGUAUAGUUUGAGAUGCUAAGCCAGCUUAUUGCAUAUUUUUGAAUGCUAUGGUAUAUGCAUUCCAAAAUAUUGGAAAUUUUUUGUACCGAACCAGGAAGCCGCCCUCAAGAAGUUAGACAAGCUAGUGGAUUAUCUGCCACUUAAGGCAGCUAAUUUUUAUUUUGAUGUCAAUGUCGACAUAUUAUUGCCACAACUGUCAGCAAGGAGUGGCAUUGAGAGAUGGGCUUAAAGUGGAAGGUUUCAAGGAUUUUGUUUGUGCACGAUGUGGUAGCGAAUUUAUUGAAGAACUUCCCACAGAUAGCAGGUCAUAUAUGUCACCAUUUGGGAUGUUCUUUGGCCAAAUGAUUUCGGAUGGAGAGCAUGGAAAUGCAGAUGUAGGUUCUUCAAGUAACGCUGAGCAGCAAUCGGAUCAGCACCAGCAACCUUCAUCAAUACGAUUUAUGCAUGGACCUUCUGUAGGUGGUGGAGAAGAUGAAAAUAUUAUACUGCUUUUCCUAAAUCAAUUACUUACAAAUUUAUCGGCACAAGGAGCUCAAAUACAGCUACAAAUUACUCGUGAUCCAAAUGCCCAUGGAAAUGUUCUUCAUGGUCCAGUAGCAGAUUACGCAUGGGGAGAAGGUGGCUUGGAUCAAAUUGUCACACAGCUGUUAAAUCAAUUUGAGGGUGGUUCAACUCCUGUCGACCCUAAACUGCUUGCCAACCUACCUAUGACAGUGGUGGAGCCAAAGCAUAUUGACAGUGGCGCACAGUGUACUACAUGCAUGGAAACUUUCAAAAAGGAUGAAUUGGUAGCAAUAUUAGAAUGUCAACACAUUUUUCAUCGGGAGUGCAUAUUACCUUGGCUUAGGAGGCACAAUACUUGUCCAAUAUGUCGGCAAACAGUUGAUGCAACAAAGUGGUCUAGCAACAAUCCCUUAGACGAAUUGGAUUGAUGGUAAAAUGAGUGGAAAUAAACCAUUAAUGCAAUGUUUAUAUAUUGACAUUGAACAAUGUGAAAUUAUUUCUAGCACCUACUUCUUUGUGAUUUUUUUACUUUUUGUACUGUGAAUGGAAUAAAAAUAGUUUUUGCAUCCUUUAAGAAAUGAUACACUCCAC